AUUAAUAUUAUCCGAGGACAAUAUUUUGUGGCUGCCCUUCAUUUUUUAAUCGAUUAACUAACUCCUUUGCCAGCCGUCAAUGGCCGAUAGCUCUUCCAACCAGCAGCAAUUGUUUAUACUCUGUUUCAAUUCUCUCACGCCUGAGCAGCCAUGAACGACAGAGUGGACAAGCUGGUGAUUUUUCUAGCCAAAAGAGAUGGCAUUGACAAGCUCGUCAAGACCUUUCAGUAUGUUUCCAAGCUGGUUCACUGGCACGUUGAGGCCACCCGCCCUGAGAUGGCCCAGAGGGCCAAGCAAUGGGAAGUCGCCUCUGGCUUAAGCCGGAAAGCUUUCCGCAGCGGCCGUUUUCUCACCGGCUUCAAUGCUCUUAGAAGAAAUCCAGGCUCAACCCCGACGCUCAAGUUCCUAGCCGUCCUUGCCAAUGGUGGGGAAAUGGUCUAUUUCUUCUUCGACCAUUUUCUCUGGUUGGCAAGAAUUGGUGUAUUGGAUGGGAAACUGGCUCGGAGGAUGAGCUUCAUAUCUGCGUUUGGCGAGUCAUUUGGUUACAUAUUCUUCAUAGUGUCCGAUUUCAUCCUGAUUACAGAAGGGAUCAGGGCAGAGAGAAAAUUACGAGUGGCUAAGGAGGAAGGUUCAAAGGAUGAAGAAGAGAAUACUAGCAGUAGUAUUAAGAAGAUCAGAGUGGAUAGAGUGAUGAGAUUGAUGGCGGUGGCAGCAAACGUGGCAGACCUUGUCAUUGCCUUGGCAGAUAUUGAGCCCAAUCCAUUUUGCAACCAUGCCGUUUCACUGGGAAUCAGCGGUUUGGUCUCUGCCUGGGCUGGUUGGUAUAGAAAUUGGCCCUCCUGAGCCUUGAUGGACUACUACUGUACUGACUGCAAGCAUACCAGAAUCAUUUCCAGUUGAAAAGUUAAUUGAAGAAGUCUUCAAUCUUGAUGCUGCUUUUAUGGUGUUUUAUUUACUCUGUAUGAGUUUGUCCUGUCGUUAUAUACAAGAAGAUUGAGUUUGUAUA